AUGGCCGCCGCCAACGACGGCUUCGGGGACCUGGGUCUCGACAUCAUCGGAGUCGGCACUCAGUACCCACCUCAUUCGCUGGAGGCCAAUUCGAUAGACUACCUCAGCGAGAUGUAUUACCCUGAGUCACCUGCGAUGAAGAAGAUCCUCUCCAUCAACAGAUUCACCGGCAUCGAGUACCGUUCGUCCAUCGGCACACCAGAGCAUCCGAUCGUAAACCAGAAGAACCCUCCGUCAAUCACCGAUCUUCACAAUGUGUUCAUGAGCGAUGGUGUCCCGUUGGCCGUCAGCGCCUCCCGCAAGGCCAUCGAAGAAGCAGAUAUCGAUCUCAGCGAGAUCACCCAUAUCGUCGCGACGACCUGCACCGACAGCGCAAACCCAGGGUUCGACCACUACGUUAUCAAGGGGCUCGGGAUGACACACCAGGUCGAGAAGGUCCUCUUGCACGGGGUGGGCUGCAGCGGAGGUCUCGCCUCGUUGAGAACCGCGGCGAAUCUGGCGCUGGGCCACAAGUUUCGAGGGAAGCCUGCUCGGAUUCUCUGCGUCGCGCUCGAAGUCAGCACGACACUGGUACGUAGCGAGCUGGACAGCAUCAACGAGACGCAGGAGACGAGGAUCGGCGUCGCAUUGUUCUCGGAUUGCGCCAGUGCUGUGGUGCUCAGUAACGGCAUCGGGCAGCCUGCGACGCCUGUGUACUCCUUGCUGGGGUGGGAGCAUAAGAUUAUCCCAGAUACCGAAGGCGACCUGGGUUUCGAUGUUGAUCCUGUUGGGUGGAAGGUGGUUCUCUCGCCACGAGUCCCGAAACUCGCCUCUGCGGCCGUACCCACAACCUUUUCAGAGCUCAUGUCUUCGAUUCCCCCACUAGGGCCGCGUUACCAGAAGGCGGACGACUUCGACUGGGCCAUGCACCCAGGAGGUGCCACGAUUCUGACCGAGGCAGAGAAGGCGAUGAAUAUUUCAUCAUUCCACAUGCGGGCGAGCUAUGACACAUACAUGAAGCACGGGAACUCGAGUUCGGCGACGAUAUUCAGCGUGAUGGACCGGCUGCGUUCCAAAGACAUGGAUGAUAUCGCUCCGGAGGGCCGGGCACGCGACUACGUAGUGGGGUGCGCGUUCGGGCCCGGGAUUGCGGUGGAGAUGUGCAUGCUCAAGCGGAACCUGGGGGCUCGGGACAUUACGGGCCUGGAGACGCCGCCGGAAACAGAAAGCGAGGGCAGCAGCAGAAGCGAAGCUGGGGACGACGGUGGAGCGCAGAUGGAGGGGCACACGUCUCCGGGACGGGACGGGGGUCAAUCCUUUGUGGCGGAGGCACUAGAGAAUCUGGAGUUGGACUGA